UUUUGACCAAUGGAGAUAGAGAAUAUCCUGGGUUGGCAGGUCUCGGAGGAGAGCUCUUCCGGGGAUGGCUGAGUUGGACAGCUGGUUGCUAUUCCCAGCUGAGGCGGUGGCACAGAGAGAUGAGUUACACUAUGAUGAUGAUGACUUUGAUGAAUUUGAAAUAGAUUUUGGAUAGAGUCAAUUGUCUAUAUAAUGGAUGAGGUAUCCAGUCUAUUGGCAAUACCAUCAUCAUCAUCACAACAACACAAACAAUCAAACAACUUACACUUUUACACUACUCAACACCUUCAACUUUCACUUCACUUUCAACUUUAUAACUCAUAAACCAUCAACAUGUUCUCCAAAAUCGUCUCCGCUACUCUCCUCCUCGCGGCCACCGUCUCCGCGGCACCCGCCUCAAAGACCGUCCGCUCAACACCCGACAAGACCGUCACUCUCACUGGUGUAACCCACUCCGUCAACGCUGGCCUCGGUGGUCUUCGCUUCGACCCCGACAACGUCGUCGCUGAAGUCGGCGACAUUAUCGAGUGGCACUUCCUCCCCAAGAACCAUACCGUCGCCCAGUCCAGCUUCGGUGAGCCCUGCGAGCCUCUCGCCGACGGCAGUGGCUUCUUCGCUGGUUUCAACUUCCCUACCCAGGAGGGCCAGGCUCCUGAUGUCUUCCAGAUUGUAGUCGAGGAUUCCAAGCCUAUCUGGUACUACUGUGCUCAGCAGAUGGGAAACCAUUGCCAGAAUGGUAUGGUUGGUGUCAUCAACCAGAACUUUGAUAACCAGGACUUCAGCCUCCGAAGACAUAAGGAGCUCGCUGCUGAGACUGUGAAGUCAGUCAUUCCUCCUGUUCAGCAGGGUGGACAGGUCAUUCCUAACCCCAACCCCAACGGUGGCUUCUAAGCUAGUUGGACUAUGAGGUGUCAGACAUUGACAAUGGGCUUUCUUAUGGUUAUGGGCUUCAUAUUGGCGAAGGGGUGGCGGUGAGACACGGAUAGAUUAGGACUCGGGCUGGGAUUGCAUUUUGCCUUUUACAUCUCCUUCAUUCUUUUCGAGAUAUAUAUAUUCGGACUUCAAUAGAUCGUUCUUUCAUUCAUCUAACUUACAUCUCACUUGGCCUGGUUAUAUGAUAAUGUGGUG